CAAUUCUGUAAUGAGAUUCUUGGUUUAUGUAAAUUUCUCAAUGUCCAUCCAAGUUGGCGGGUUCAGAUAGCCCGAAAGAGAUGGCUUGUCGUACGUAGGUCAAUCAUUCAAUAUAGACAUCUCAGGACUAAGAUCUCUCUCAAUCACUGGUCCUUUUUCAUUCUUAAUAUGAAUGUUCAUUUUCCGUCAUGAGCACGAGUUCUGUAUAGAAUUCUAAACCUCGGAGCGAAUGCAAGCAUCUCGAGUCACGGCAUAUACACUGCUGCCUCAGGCUACAAAGCAACACGUGAGGACGAGGCGUGAAAGACACCUCAGGCCAAAACGCUAACAGCGGAUUCCGGCCGGAGAUCUCGAACCAUCACCGCUUCACGAUCACUGCCAGUGUCUCGUUCCUCUCCAAACCCGUUCAGGCCUCCCUUCGACACCCAAUGGCAUCGACAAUGAGACCUCUCGUUCAAAUGGUCGGACGAGCCUCGCGCUCCACAAUCCCCACCCUCCGAUCAAUCCCAUCGCAAAACGCUUUCCUUUCUCUCCGGACAAAACUAACCCAGGCCGCCUACACUCAAACUCUCAGACACAAUGGCCUCUCCUCUCAGCGCUCCUUCAGUACGACUACCGUCCGCGCUCGGGCACGCACAAUGGGCCAGCUCAAGGCCCGGAAUUCCACCGGUCCAUUCUCGUGGAAAUCGGCGCUGCUCUUCGUCAUUACCGGUGCGGGCAUGAUCGUUUAUUUCCGGGUGGAGAAGGAACGGUUGGCGCGAAAGCGGAUCGCAGAGAUGAGCAAGGGAGUCGGCCGGCCGAAAGUUGGAGGUCCAUUUGUGUUGAAGGACUUGGACGGCAAACAGUUUACCGACGAGGACUUGAAGGGAAAAUACAGCUUUGUUUACUUCGGCUUCACGCACUGCCCUGAUAUCUGCCCCGACGAAUUGGACAAGAUGGCCGAGAUCAUUGACAAGGUGAAGGAGGCUACCAAGGGCGAGAACAUCUUCUUGCCUGUCUUUGUUACAUGCGAUCCCGCUCGCGAUACCCCCGAAGUGCUGCGCUCGUAUCUCCAGGAGUUCCACGGAGAUAUUAUCGGCUUGACUGGCACGUACGACCAAGUCAAGAACAUGUGCAAGCAGUACCGGGUGUACUUCAGCACACCGCAGAACGUGAACCCAGGCGAAGACUAUCUGGUGGACCACAGUAUCUACUUCUACCUGAUGGACCCCGAGGGCGACUUCGUCGAAUGCAUUGGCCGCCAGGACACCCCCGACUCGGCCACCAAGGUGAUCAUGGAGCAUAUCAACGACUGGAAGCGCGAAGGCAAGCCAUUGAGAAAGGACUAGAGUGUACGAAUAGCAUGGAAAAGUAUGUACAAUAGAAAUACCCUACUCAGACAAGGGUCGAUAGCAUGUAGCAUUAUAUGACCGUCCGUAAACAUCGUGAAAAUAUAGCCAUCUAGAGCCAAUCAGC